AUGAUCGGGGCGACGAAGCGCUGGUUCCAGCGCAAUCGCAAGGGUCUGGCGAUCGGGGCUGGGGUGAUUGGAGCUGGCUACUUGGCCGGACAGUAUGUCCUAUCCAAGAUCUCUGAAGCUCGGGAGCGUAUGAGCAGUGAUCGGAUUGCUCGCGAAAAUCUGCGCCGGCGAUUCGAGCAGAACCAAACCGAUUGUACCUACACCGUCUUGGCGCUAUUGCCGACAGCUACCGAGAAUAUAAUCGAGGCACUCCCCGUCGAGGAAUUGACCAAGGAACUGCAGAAGAAGCGGGCGGAGAGAUUGGCUCGGUUGAAUGCUGGCGAGGCGACGGGCUCAGAUCUCAGCUCGGUGUCGCCUAGCCUGCCAGACGAUGAUCGGAGCUUCCAGACGGAGAGUUUUGUGCAUACCAGCCAGGCUGGAGAGUCUCCCGUGGACUCGGAGGGACAACCCCGACCCAAACGGAACAAGACUCAACUGUGGAAUGAGGUUAAGAUUAGCUCUGUAACUCGGUCGUUUACUUUGAUCUAUACGCUCUCUCUGCUUACUAUCUUCACUCGCAUUCAACUCAAUCUUCUUGGCCGCCGGAACUACCUCUCCAGUGUGAUCUCUCUCGCUACGCCGCCUGUCAACGAGUCAACUAUCAGCUUGGAAGACCACGAUGAUGAACUCACCCAAACACUGGGUGAUGACUUUGAAACCAACCGACGAUACCUCGCCUUCAGCUGGUGGUUACUCCACCGCGGAUGGAAAGACUUGAUGGGAACAGUCCAAGCUGCCGUGGAAGAAGUUUUCGGACCAUUAAACCCACGCGAAGACAUCAGCCUGGCCAAGCUCUCCGAGCUGACGCUCCAGAUCAGAAAGAAGGUAGAAGGUAGCACAGAAGAUGAGCGACGCAAUCAGAAGUGGAUGUCCUGCUUGCUACCUCCAGCAGAGGAAGAGGAGUACGUGCUGCGCGAGUCAGGGGUUGAAGGUGUGGCAGACCCGACCUCAUCUCAGACAGCGUCCAAGCUGCGGCACUUGCUAGAUGAGACUGCCGAUCUGAUCGAUUCGCCUUCCUUCUCUUAUGUUUUGACCCUUCUCAACAACGAAGGUUUCUCUACCCUGAUAGACCAAAGAUGCGCCAACGAUGCAUUCAAGGCGCCUACCAGUGCCCCCGAGACUGCCCCCAUGUCUUUCGACUCCGUCGCCACAGUUAUACCAUUAACUGCCAACGCUGAACGCAAGACAAAGCUUGCCAACCUUUUGGCGGUCAUGGCCCGCCAAGCACACGUGAUUGGCAACGGCACCCACGCACCGAAUGAGUAUCUAGUCGCUAUGGAUCAGAAUGUUCGAGAGCUUGAGGCGUUUUCUGCCGUGGUCUACAGCUCGAACUUUGAUCUGGAACUUCUUGGUGCCACGGAUAAGGCGGCAGCACCUGCCAGGGAAACGGAUCUGGUAGACUCCGAACCUCUGUCGUCGUCCUUUUCGCAGGUGCUCGUCGAGCGUGAGGCCGAGCCUGAGGUGCUUGAUGAUGAGAUCGAGAAAUCACAGAAGGUCGAGCCUGAGGAGCCGAGCUCCAAUGAGGCCUUGGCUGAUUCGGCCUUUGAUGAUGCUUGGAAUAAAGCAAAUAACGGAGACUCAGCCCCGGAGGAGUCCCGGGCGACGCAGUGA